CUCCCAUCACCAAUAUAAGGGCGCAGACGGCAUUUUAACAGUAGAAAUCUGCCUUUCACUCUCAUAUCCUCCAGUCCGCAGCGGCGUCAAGGUCUCUCAUUCGUGAUUUCUCGAUUCCCGGCUACUCCCAAUUUCACGAUGUCAGAAGCCCCAUUUAGACCACGUGAGCAUCUGGUGGAGAAGCAGAAAUAUUUCCAAAAUGUCCACAAAUACACAUAUCUAAAGGGACCAUUUGAUAAGGUCACCUCUGUCGCCAUUCCAGCUGCUUUGGCUGCUACUUCUUUGUUUCUUAUUGGACGAGGUAUCUACAACAUGUCACAUGGGAUCGGGAAGAAGGAAUGAGGCAGCACUGGAAAAUGACCACAUGGCUGGAAAUCGGAGUUUCAAAAUAUAAGUUCUUCCAGACUGUAGUGGUGUUUGUUUUCUUUGUUUGCUUCCUUAAUAAUUGCUUAGUAGCAGAUUCUUUACUACCAAUGAAAGGUGGAUUUGUUUUUCUAUCUUAUUUUUAAAAGUUUGUUAUUAAAUUUCUGUUUUGUUAUAAAUACUGCAUUUUCAUGCAAGGCUUUUUCAGCUUCUUGUCCGAGGCGUCUUAAGCAUUGGUUUGAUUCUCA